GAAGAGCCUGAAGAGCCCGAAGAGCCCGAAGAACCUGAAGAGCCUGAAGAACCCGAAGAAUCCAAAGAGCCUGAAGAACCCAAAGAGCUUGAAGAACCUGAAGACUUGAAGAGCCCAAAGAACCAGAAGAGCCCGAAGAACAGUUUCAAAACAGACCUCAGGAAAGGUCUCAAAGAAAACUGCGAGGAAGGCCUAGAGGAAGGUCACAAGGAAGGCCCAAAGGAAGAAGCCAUCAACUUUAUUUCUAAUGCGUGGGAUGAUGUUAGUGACACUACCAUAAAAAAUUGCUGGAGGGCCACAAGAAUUAUGCCGGAAGCAAGUGAGCCAAACGAGGAAGAAGAAAGUAGGCAAGAGAAUGAACUUGAAGGUUUGAUCUCUGAGGUCGAUAAUGUUGACAUAUUAGUUGAAGAUCUUACGAUUGAGAACGACCCAGGAGUUCAAGAGUUAAUAAGUAAUAUCAAAAAAAAUACCCACCUGAUAGAUCAACCAGUUGUAACCGAGGAUGUGCUAACAGAUGAUAGUAUUAUUGAAAUGGUAAAUUACGA